AUGCAGUUGGAGAACAUCAACCAGGUGAACCUCCACUCCUUCCAGGGCCACCGUGGCGUGGCCAAUAACAACAAGCCCAACGUGAUCCUCCAGAUAGGGAAGUGCAGGGCAGAGAUGCUAGACCACGUCAGGAGGACCCACCGGCACCUCCUGACCGAGGUGUCAAAGCAGGUGGAGCGGGAGCUGAAAGGCCUGCAGAAGUCGGUGGGGAAACUUGAGAACAACCUUGAGGACCAUGUCCCCUCGGCUGCUGAGAACCAGAGGUGGAAGAAGUCCAUCAAGGCCUGCCUGUCUAGAUGCCAGGAGACCAUUGCUCACUUGGAGAGGUGGGUCAAGAGAGAGAUGAAUGUCUGGAAGGAAGUGUUCUUCCGCCUGGAGAAGUGGGCUGACCGGCUCGAGUCUGGUGGGGCGAAGUAUUGCCAUGGGGACAACCACAGGCAAACUGUCUCGGUAGGGGUGGGAGGCCCAGAGAUCAGGCCCAGUGAAGGGGAGAUUUAUGAUUAUGCUCUAGACAUGAGCCAGAUGUAUGCCCUGACACCUCCUCCUUCCGGGGAUGUCCCUAUCAUGCCUCAGUCCCAUGAUUCCUACCAGUGGGUCUCUGUCUCAGAAGAUACUCCACCUUCCCCAGUGGAGACCCAGAUUUUUGAGGACCCCAGGGAGUUCCUGACUCACCUGGAGGACUACCUGAAGCAGGUGGGUGGCACUGAGGAGUACUGGCUCUCUCAGAUUGAGAACCACAUGAAUGGGCCCGCCAAAAAGUGGUGGGAGUACAAGCAGGACUCCGUCAAGAACUGGCUGGAGUUCAAAAAGGAGUUCCUUCAGUAUAGCGAGGGCACCCUGACCAGGGAUGCCAUCAAGAGAGAGCUGGAUCUCCCUCAGAAGGAUGGAGAACCUCUAGAUCAGUUCCUCUGGCGCAAAAGGGACCUGUACCAGACCCUCUACGUUGAUGCUGAGGAGGAGGAGGUCAUCCAGUACGUGGUAGGGACCCUCCAGCCCAAGCUCAAACGCUUCCUCAGCCACCCUUACCCCAAAACUUUAGAACAGCUGAUUCAGAGGGGCAAGGAAGUUGAGGUAAACUAUGACAACUCUGAGGAGCCCAGUCCCCAGAGGACCCCUGAGUUAAGGGACUCAUUGGAAAGCAUCCCUCCCUCCACCACUGCCAGCCCUGUUGCUAGUGAUGGAACUCAACCUGAGGUUUCUGUCCCACCGACCACAGUGAUAUGA